CAUGUACAAGCCCUUGUUCUAUUGCUCCAGUCGCUCUCAAACUUGUGUCACUGAGCAGCGAGUGAUUCUCGGCGGCGUGACUCGAAUCAACAACCUCAAUUGGUAAAAACGAAAAACGAUUUCAAACAUUCCAAUUCAGGUCAUAAAACACAAAAUUUGUCCACUAAACUUGAGCCUUGGAAUUACCUGAAACUGAAUUCCCCGACACGAUUGCUUUCAAUAUUUAGCGUCUCGGCCACGAUCAAUUAACUAAUCGCGCUUCGAUCGAGCUAUUUUGUUCGCCAGUUCUCUCUCAUGGCUUGCUUCAUCUGGUUUCCCAUGAGAUCAGGAUGAUGGCUACAGAGCAAACACCGCUCAAGAAAACGCCCAAGGACCGGGAAAAAUGGGGGAACCAGUGUGACUUUUUUCUUUCUUGUCUCGGAUAUGCGGUUGGUUUGGGCAACGUGUGGCGAUUCCCAUAUCUUUGUUAUCAACACGGCGGUGGCAGUUUCUUGGUGGCCUAUGUUAGCAUGCUCCUUCUCACUGGGCUGCCCUUAUUCACCCUAGAGUUGAGUUUGGGUCAGUACUCGAGUAUUGGACCGAGUCAGAUCUUCAAGAAACUAUGUCCGGCUUCUAAGGGCGUUGGAUGGGCCAUGGUUUCGGUGUCUCUUCUGAUCGCCUUGUACUAUAAUCAGAUCAUCGCUUGGGCAUUGUUCUACAUGUAUGAAGGCUUGGCCUGGGAAUUGCCAUGGAAGUUCUGCGGGAAGGAUUUCAAUUCGAUCGGUUGCUUCACAGUCAUCCAAAAUGAAGCGUGCUUAAAUGCUUCAAAUGGGGUUGAGGUUUUCUGGAACAAUACUUGCUACAUCCAGGCUGAAGUUUGUGAGACCUCUGGUCUUGACUUCUACAACCUCACCCACUGUCAAGAGAGAAAGGACGGCGGUGCUUUCCUCAAGCUCACCACUGUCAUGCAAAGAAAGACGGCCUCGGAAGAUUAUUUCACCCGCAGAGUUUUGGGUCUUCGAGAUGAUUCCUCGUGGGACAACAUGGGAUCGCUCCAAACACAUGCAGUGGUAUCAUUGGUCGGAGCCUGGGCCUUGGUUGCCGUGUGCAUGUUAAAUGGGAUCCAAACCUCGGGCAAGGUGGUCUACUUCACAGCCUUGUUUCCGUUUCUUGUUUUGCUCUUACUUUUUGUUCGCGGAUUAACUCUGGACGGAGCUUAUGAUGGAAUUCUUUUCUAUGUGACUCCACAUUGGGACGCCAUGUGGGCACCGCAAAUGUGGGCUGAUGCGGCCACUCAAAUAUUUUACAGCUUGGGGACGACCAUGGGUGGUUUGGUCACCCUGGCCAGUUACAACCGGUUCAACAAUAAUUGUCUCCGAGAUGCAUUGAUCAUUACCUCUAGUAAUUGCGCUACUUCUAUCUUUGCCGGCUUUGUCAUAUUCUCCAUUGUGGGUUUCAUGGCCAAAGAGCUGGAGGUGCCCAUUUCAGAAGUGAUACAAUCUGGACCGGGGUUGACUUUUGUGGCUUAUCCGGAUGCCGUGACACGAUUACCAGGGUCAGCAAUUUGGUCAUUCCUGUUCUUCAUGAUGAUUCUGACCUUAGGGCUGGACACCCAAUUCGCCAUGACUGAGACGGUCACCACCGCCAUUAUGGAUCAAUGGCCUCAAACGCGACGGCACAAAACUUGGGUGGUUUUGGGGGCUUGUUCAUUGGGUUUGGCCUUUGGGCUUCUGAUGUGUUUGAACGGCGGGAUCUUUGUAUUCCAGUUAUUUGAUUGGUAUUCUGCUUCCUGGAACCUCAUGCUUGUGGGUUUCUUAGAAAUCGUCAUUGUCAUGGUUUGCCUUGGAUAUCAAGGUGUAAUGAACAAUUUAGCAGAAAUGCAGGUUCAAAUUCCGUUAGUCUUAAGGUUCUACUAUGGGCUAACAUGGAGAUGUUUGACGCCUUUGUCUUUAGCUGGGAUAUUUACUUUCACUCUGGUAAAGUUUGCUCCAUGCUACUACGAGGAUUAUGUGUUCCCACAUUGGGUGCAGAGUAUGGGCUAUGGCAUUUUUGCUCUGACUUUGUUCGUGGUGCCGCUCCUAUUUCUCCACGAGGGAUGCACUAAUGGGUUUAAUCGUACACUAUUUCAAAGUGUUGGCUGGUCUCCUCCUACGGAGGACGAAGAUGAUUCCAGCAACUCGGAAGGAACCGAUUACAACAACUGCAAAGGGGAAGAAGGCGUUGCCAAUUUAGCUUUCCGUUGUGAUGAAACAUCUCGAAUUGCGACUAAAUAAAAUGCCAUACGUUUCCAACGUCGUCUCGUCAUUUGAGCAAUACGAUAU